AAAUUCAAAAUAUUGGCGGCACAUGCACAGUAUACGGUACCGGUACAGGCUCACAGCUGCUGCUCAGACGAGCCCGGCCUGCAUGUGCAAGAUACUUAUCCUCAGCGCAGCUCAGCAGCUCAACCCCGGGGCCGGAGCGGCGCAUCGCCAGGUCGUAUACCGUGUACUAGUCUAUAGUCUACCGUGGAUAACAAAAUAAUGCCAACACUGACAGCUAUGUUACAGCCCUUUCAUUAGGAGUUUGGCAAGGAGUAUAAUUGGAAAGUAAAAGCUAAUUCAAACCAAAUCCACCAGGCCUAGUCUUUCUCAUGAGUUUGAAUUGAAUUUUGAUGCUGUAAAACAGAAUGAAUUAUGGGAAGAAACUGAAGGAGACGCUGAAGCGUCUAGACUACCCAGAAGCCCAUGAGCUACAAGCUGAGGCAUUUGAUUGGUUGUUUGAGAAUGAUGCCAUAGCUCCUUUCUUGGAUUGGUUCAUUGACAAUGUAGGACCAGCAAAUGUACUUUCCAGCCAAGAAAUUACAGAGUUUCAUGCUUUAGAAUCUUCCGGUGAUGGAGUACUUGAAGGAGAGAAGCUGGACAUAGCCCUGAAGAGCUCAAAUACAGGAGAUGAUGAUGAUGAUCUCUCCCCAGAAAAGCUCAAGGAGGAUAUAGAAGCCAUGGAGGAAGAACUACACAGAGCUCAGAAGAAUAGGAAAAGCCUCUUGCAGCUGAGAAAUAAAUUAAGCCUUCACCAUACAGCAUUGACCCAUCAGAUUACAAAGCUCACACCUGUGGAAUCACAGACUGAACAUCAGUAUAAAACCAUGUUGGAGAACAGCCAAGAAGAUAAUAUUAAGGUAAACUCUUCUUUGGAUGAUCUGAACAAGACCAUUACUGAACUUGUAGCUCUGUCUGCCAAGAGCCUGGAUACCCAACAUGCACCAUUCCUAUCCCAGCAGCCUCUGCAAGCUAUCCACCAAUCAGAGGAAGGCUAUACCCAGGCCCUCAAGCACUUCACCAAGAGACAAUUUUUUGAAGGCAUUGCACAGUUAGCAGGAUACAGCGAAGGGUCACGGUACGAGCUUCUAGAGGUCAGUGAACCAGGAUCUCUUGUGAUUCGUGGAGAGCAAGGUCAUGUGACGAAGGCGGAUAGCGAAGAAUUAUCAAGGCUGAAAAUGAUAUACCCGACCAGUCAACGAGGUUACAUGAAAGCUGUUCUUGAGGAGAGUAGAGUAGCUGCAGCUCACAGACUGGCUGAGAAGAGGCUUGAUUCAAUCUCACAUCAGGUCUAUCCUAGAGAUGUACACAAUCUUAGUGAGAAGUUGGAACAAUGUGAACGGCAGAAGAAUGCUGCCCUCAACCAAGCCGUUCACAUAUGGGAGAAUGAUAUCCCUCGUUUGUUAGAGGUCAAUGCCUCCUUGCAAGCUACUCAUAUUCUAUCGGGUGAUUACAAUCUCAAGAUUGCCAGACAGGACUACUUCACAUCAAAACAAGACAAGCUUAUUGAGCUGCUUUCAGUUCAGAGGGCGCGUAAAGAGUUUGUUGACAUGGCCUACGAGGUUGAAGCACAUCAUCACAGAGCUACACAUAGACUAAUGACUGCAUCCACCAAACUUCUACAUCAUAAUCUAACCAUGCAUCAUAAAUCAAUGACCUUCCUGUCUGAUCCUGACUUGCAAGUUAAUAAUGAAACAAGAAGUACAGUGGACAAUAGAGAUCAAACAGUCAACAGGUUACAUGAGAUGAUUGCACAUGAUGGAAAGGAUGAUGAGCAGCUGUUCCUGACAUACUCCAGCCUCCUUGAUGGUAGUAGAGUCUUUGUCAAUAGACUAUCAUCACUGAGAGACACGCUACGCUUAACAUCAGAUAGCCAGGAGGGUCGAUUAGCCAACCUAGAGAUGAACUUGGCUCAAUGUGAGAACAUGGUUUAUUCAGGUUCAACUACCAAGGAUGGUCAGCCAGUAUUAACACCUCCUGCUAUACUAGAGAGUAUCACUCAACUAGACAGGAUACUAGAGAAUCUUACACAAAGUAUGAUGGACUUGAUGGGAGACUACAAUAAUAAACUCAAGACACUGAAGAGUGACCCGUUGUUAUCCGAGCAGCGUCAGCUCUUCGUUUACUUCUUCACUGAACCUAUUCAGCUGAGGAGACAUCUCCAGUCGCUCUCACAGCAACUACAGACUCUGACUAUCUCAUAAACAAUCAUUCAUUCAAGACGAAGCUCUUUGUUAACUUCUUCACCGAACCUGUUCAGCUGAGGAGACAUCUCCAGUCACUCUCACAGCAACUACAGAUUCUGACUAUCUCAUAAACAAUCAUUCAGUCAAGAUGAAGGUCUUUGUUUACUUCUUCACCGAACCUGUUCAGCUGAGGAGACAUCUCUAGUCGCUCGCACAGCAACUACAGACUCUAUCUCAUAAAAAAUUAAAUUAAAAUGAUGUAAUGUCAUGGCUUGUGCCAAAUUUUUAAGGGCAGAGACAUCAGAGAUAAGCACACUACACACAGAGAUGCCAGUAUUCACCCUUCAGUCUGAUUUCGGGCCCUCGCUACUCUCCACCUGCUUAACCAAGGUAGAUGCAUCUAGUUGAAAUUCAUUGGUAUUCUUCUACAGAUUUGAACUCUGUAAAGUAAAGCGUAGCAAUUGAUUGUGGAGUCACUUUUGUAUUGAUUGCACUAUGAUCAAUCAUAUUUAAGAAAUCUGUCCCCUCAAUCUUUUGCUCAGCUUUUUGAUGUGGGGUCCAGAUGAGGAAAGAUUUGAUCCUAUUCUCUCUGACAUUUUUUGCAUGAUACCUAGCCACAUGUCAUUCUUGAUAUACUGAAAUACUGCUAAAGCCAGAAAUAUUUUUGCUGCAAAUUGAACCUGUUGGUGUUCAUAAUGUCCUGUUGAGAAUAUUUGUACAUAAAUAAGCAGAAUAUAAUUUGCAUACUUUAGGCUUAAAAAAAAGGUUAGGUUUGUCUGAUCGACCGGACAGAAUUUCUUCUGCACCACAUUCAUUUGAAGGUACAACCUAAAGAGGGGUUUUGCAUGGACUAACAGAUCUGCCAACCAGUACGUUUUUUGGCGUAUUUAGUACGUUUUUUCAACCAAAAUACGGCAUGUUUUUUUUUUAAAUACGUUUUUGUAAAACAAAAAAAAUUUAAAUCGUAAUUUAUUGAGAAAAAUCAUCUCUAUAUGUCUCUAUUUCAUAAAACUUACACAAAUAUGGUUAUUAGAUCAAUGUAAUUUCAGGUAACUUGUUUUUUUUUCAAUCAUUUUAUUAAAACCAGGGUGAGAUAUACACAUGUUUAAAUGUUUUUUUUUCAUCUGCAAGAGCAGUGCGCUAUUUAGCUUGCAUGCAGCUUGAGCGCCGCGAUGAGCGAGUGCGCCUCACAUUUUAUUAUGAAAUACACUUUUUGGGGGAAAAAUACACUUUUUUAUCACAGAAUACAAUUUUUCAUUCCCAGAGGUUGGCAGGUCUGGACUAAGCAAAUUCAGCUCGCAAUAGUUUUUUAUUGGUUUAUUGUACAGAAAAGCUUUCUGUUUACACAUUACAAUGUGAUAUGCACACAUCAUUAUUGUGUAUGUGUGUAUGAACAAUAGACUUAAUGCAUUCUCUGUGUAUUGUGAAUAUGUGACUUGAGUCGAUCUUGGCAGUCUGUUGUAUGUUACUCUAAUCAAACAAAGCGGGCAAAGAGUUAACAAACCAAAAAUAUACAAAUGCAGUUAUUUUGUGAGAAAAUUUCAGAUUUGGGCAAAGAAUUUGAUCAUAUCUCAUUCAAUGGCGUAAUAAAGCACUUAUUUAUAUAAAUAAAUAAAUAAAUCAUCCAAUGCGUGAUUUUCCUUGUGCAGCAAAGGCAAAAAGAUAAGUAAAUAAUCGACCGACAAACCAAACUUUCUGAUUUUGGCUCAUGAGGACAAAACAAUUUUUUUUAAUACUCCUAGGUUUGGCAAGCUAUAGUGUCCAGGUGGGUGUUUCAUAAAGCUGUAAGUUAAUAGCGACUUUAUGAACGAAUGGUGAUCCUUUCUUGCUGUAAAUGUUAUACACCUAAAUGUUCAUUGUUGAUGUUUUAGCGUGUGAGAAAGGUUCACCAGUCGUUCUUAAAGUCACUUUUAACUUACGAACAGCUUCAUGAAACGGCCGUUGUGAUGAAAAAAUACAUUUGUAUUGUGUCACAUACAUGCAUUAUUAAAUGUUUGAUGCUUCCACAGAAAUGACAUUCCAGGAAAAUAUCAAAAUUUGAAAACUAUGCACGAGUGUUUUUUAACACUCAUACUGACCAAAGAAAUAGGCAUGAAUCUAACCACAUUGGGUGUACUGAGACUAAUCUCUGGUUUGGGAAGUUUUUUUUAAUGCAUAUUUGUAAUUGGGGGAACUACAAGUGUGCCUUACAAAUGAGAAUUCAUGCAAUGGCCUAGGAACACGACUGGAUCAUUGUAUAACCCAAUAAACUGCUUUUUAUUCUUCUUUAGAAUCCCCAAGUUACAAUGCUCUGAAGUUGGAUUCAUUUUGGAUAGAAGAUAAUGAGAUAUCACUCACAUUGGAUCAGCUUCUGCAAUAUUUAACAACUUGUAAUAAUACAAAGAUACUUUAGAUCAUGCUUUUGCCUGCACAUCCCCAAAAUUAUGGAAUGGAUUGCCAUAUGUAAUUAAAUCCUCUCCAUCAUUAGGAAAGUUCAAACUUAUAUUAAAAACCUUCCUUUUUCCGUCAAUUCCCAUACUUUCUUUUCCCCUUUUCUAAAUUUGUUUUUCAAGCAUUUCAUAAGCUCCUGAUUGCAGUGCAGAAGAAUAUAUUUUCUGCACUAUAUACAAAUCAGUGUAUUAUUAUUAUCAUUACAACUGUGGUCUAAUAUAAAAUGUACAGAGUUUGUAUAUACGGUCCUUCCCUGUUAAAGGCCUUAUGAGGAGGUAACUUUUGUAUUACCAGAAUGUUUUUGAAUGAAUACGAAUCAUGUAGUCAUUUACUCUCAUGGCAUUAAUGAUUUGCGUUUAAAAAAUCAUGAAUGUGUCUGUAGUGUACAUAAAAGAAUGCAAAUUGUAAAUAAAAAAGAAGAUAUAUGCACAUUUAGUUCUAGUGUUUCAAUGUUUUGUUUCGAAUAAAUGAUUUGAAAAAUCUUCACCACCUA